AUGGCAACCUUCAUGUCUACGCAAAGAGGUGGCAGAAAAUUAAUUUAUGAAGAUCACUCCUACAACAAAGUGAGGGAUAGUUCCGAUGGCAAAAUCUAUUGGCGAUGUGAUGAAUUAAGUACCAAAUGUGGGGCCACUGCGAUAACUGAUGCUGCAAGUAAUGUUCUUCUGGGAAAACCGCACAAUCAUGCUUCUUCACCAACUAAAAUUGCACUUAAGGCUUUACAACAUAAGAUUAAGGAAGAAGCUGUGUCCAGCAGCUCUACAGCACGGGCUGUGGUUAGCAAUGCCCUAGAAGGAAUAUCAGAUGGAGUAAAGGUACAUCUCCCGAAGAUAAAAAAUUUACAAAAAACAGUGAGUAGGAAACGUCAAAGGACUGGUACGAUACCACCUGUACCUCACUCCUUAACAGACAUAAUUAUUCCUGAUGACCUAAGAAGAACCAAGACAUCAGAACCUCAAGAUUUUAUUUUGAGCGACAGUGGAACAGAGGAUAAAAAUCGUAUAAUUAUAUUUAGUUGUACUUCAGACCUUAAUCGUUUAAUCCAAUGUCAAACAUGGGUUGUCGAUGGCACUUUUACAAGUGCUCCAAAUCUGUGGUACCAACUAUGGGUUAUAUAUGGGGUCUUUCACAGUAAAACAAUACCGUUCAUCUAUGCGUUUUUGCCAAACAAAAAUGAAGAUAUUUAUGAGCGCACUUUGGUCAAUAUUUUCCAGAAAAUUGAUACCAUUCAACCUGGAGCAAGACCCAAUACGAUCAUAAUUGAUUUUGAGAUGGCAGUUGUUAACACCUUCAGACAGCUAGUCCCUGACGUUAAAAUUCGUGGUUGUUUCUUUCAUUUUUGUAAAGCAAUUUGGCUUAAAGUGCAACAAUUAGGUUUGGAGCAAAUAUACACAGAUGAUGAAUAUUUUCAGACAAUAAUAAAAUCAUUUUGUGCUCUUUCGUUUGUGCCACCAGCAGAAGUUUCACAUGCAUUUGAACUACUGGGGAACGAGUUAGUUGAAAGCUUCGGAGAAGACGAAAGGUACCAUGGCUUUAUUGAUUAUUUUAUUGCAACCUGGGUUGGACGUACACUUCCACCAAGAAAUCCACGUUUUGCAAUUAACGUGUGGAAUUGCAAUAAUAUUACUCUGGAAGGAUUACCCAGGGCAACAAAUUCUAUAGAAUCGUGGCAUCACAUUUUUUAUAGCAUCUUUAGCUCUCACCAUCUCAAUCCAAAUCGGGUGAUAGAAAAGUUGCUAAAGGAACAACUAACACAAGAUGAUCUAUGCACACGAUUAGAAGCAGGACAUGUAAUUGCACCAUAUUCACAUAAACAAUACCAGAUAGUAAAUGAAAAGUUCCUACAAAUUAUAAAAGACUAUAACAGCAGUUAUAUUAGUGGUUUUUUGCAGAUUUGUAGUCAUUAUGUUAUAUUAUAA